GGAGUUUGGUGCUUAGGGAAAAAGCAGAUGCACUAUUGGGAGUCCUGUAUAGAGCAGAAGCCAUUGGAGAGGGGACUAGGGUUCCCCUUGGGAGAAAUCAGGGGCCAAGAUUAGCUUGAGUGGGAACUUGGUGUUUCAGGUCAAGGCUGGGUGAAUCUGGUUAGGAUUCCUUUCCUCUAAAGGCCUUCUGCAGUACUGCAGGGUUUGGCAUCAACCCUCAAGGAGCUGGGAGAGGCAAUCGGGCUGGAGCCAGAAACUAACCAGUAAGGUGCAGGCACUUGGGGAGGGCAUAGCUUUGAAGUCUCACCUGGGGCCUGGCUGCUCUUCCUGAGCGAGGCUCGGAGCUGUCUCCCCUGCCACGUGAAUGCCUGCGCUCACCCGGACCUGGGACCCCGAGAUGCAAGCGUUCCCCAGUCCAGCAACCGCGGGGCCCAGGUGACGCUCUUGGCGCUUUCUAUUGGGCAAGAUGGACAACGGCACUGGGCUACCUGUGGAAGAGAACUCUACCAUCCAAAGUACUAUGCUAACCUCCCAAAUGGCUGAGGGGUUGCUACAUACUAGCACCCUCCCAUUUGCUGACCCAGGCUUUCCCACCAGUGGAGAUGGCCUUCAUCUCAGCAGGGCCUGGAACAGCUCUCAGGGCUCCAAACAGCUCUUCCUCACCACCCCCCUUGCCCGGGGCAUCUCAGGAUUGUUUGUGUGGUCAGCCCUGGUGCUGACCUGCCACCAGAUCUACCUACACCUGAGAUUCUACACUGUGCCCAAUGAACAGCGUUAUAUCAUUCGCCUCCUCUUCAUUGUCCCCAUCUAUGCCUUUGACUCCUGGCUCAGCCUCCUCCUCCUCGGAAGCCACCAAUACUAUGUCUAUUUCAACUCAGUGAGGGACUGCUAUGAAGCAUUUGUCAUAUACAGUUUCCUGAGCCUCUGCUUUGAGUACCUAGGAGGCGAGAGUGCCAUCAUGGCUGAGAUCCGUGGGAAGCCUAUCAAGUCCAGCUGUUUCUAUGGUACCUGCUGUCUGCAGGGGAUGUUCUAUUCCAUUGGUUUUCUUCGGUUCUGCAAACAGGCCACGCUCCAGUUUUGUAUUGUGAAGCCCAUCAUGGCUCUGACCACCAUUAUCCUGCAGGGGGUUGGCAAAUACAAUGAUGGAGAUUUUAAUCCCCGCAGUGGCUAUCUCUACGUGACCAUUGUCUAUAACUUCUCGGUGAGCCUGGCCCUCUACGCCCUCUUCCUCUUCUACUUUGCCACCAGUGACCUUCUCCGACCCUUUGAGCCCGUCCUCAAGUUUCUCACCAUCAAAGCUGUCAUCUUUCUCUCCUUCUGGCAAGGGAUGCUGUUGGCCAUCCUGGAAAAGUGUGGGGUGAUCCCAGAGGUGCAGAUCAUUGAUGGGAAUGAGGUGGGGGCUGGGACAGUGGCUGCUGGCUACCAGAACUUCAUCAUCUGCAUUGAGAUGCUCUUUGCCUCUAUUGCCUUACGCUAUGCCUUCACGUGCCAGGUGUACUCAGAGAAGAAGGAAGACUCACCAGUGACAGUGGCUCCCAUGCAGAGUAUUUCCAGUGGGCUCAAGGAAACCAUAAGCCCUCAAGACAUCGUCCAGGAUGCCAUCCACAACUUCUCGCCUACUUACCAGCAGUACACUCAGCAAUCUAUGCAGGAGGUCAAAAUACAGGGGCAAAAUGGGAACACGACCUCUACUUCCCAUCCUCCUGGGGGCAAGAAGAACAAAAACAUAGAAAAGAGGAUGUUAAUCCUUUCAGAUGAGCUGUAG